AUGUGCAGAAGAAAUUCUAUCAGUUGCACCACAACCGAUGAUCCUCUCCCUAUUCUGCAUAAAUUUUACCAGGCAGGAGACCUUGUCAUUGGGGUGAUUGUUUCUCAGUUGUUCUUCUUCUAUUGUAACCUCACCUUCAUGGAAAAGCCUGCAGAGACACUGGUUGGGGAGCCCAUUUCGGUGCCUAAGAACUACCAGCAUGUCCUGGCCUUGGCUUUUGCUGUGAAGCAGAUCAAUGAGAACCCCCACAUCUUAUCCAAUAUCUCCCUGGGCUUCCACAUCCUCAAUAGCUACUACACAGCCAAAAUGACCUUCAAGGCCACCCUCAACCUGCUUUCCACACGACACAGGAUUGUUCCCAACUACAAAUGUCAUGACCAGAACUUACUGAUAGCUGUCAUUGGGGGAUGCCUCUCUGAAACCUCUGCCAAUACGGCCAUCUUUUCAGCAAUCUGGAAGAUUCCACAGAUGGUCCCAAAUGAAGCCCAACAGUACAAGGGAGUUGUGCGGCUACUUCAGCAUUUCAGAUGGACUUGGAUUGGGCUUUGUGCUGUGGAUGAUGACAAAGGGCAAAGGUUCCUCCAGACUAUGGUGCCAAUGCUUUCCCAGAAUCUCAUUUGUGAUGCCUUCAUAGUGAGAAUAGCAAAAUGGAAUUAUGUGGAACAGGCAAUAGAAGUGAUUUUGCAGCACUGGAAAAGCUACAAUACUGCCAUUGAGAGCAAUGCCAAUGUAAUCUUUGUAUAUGGAGAAGCUCCCUCUUUUCAGUCUUUGACACUGUUACUUUUUCUAGCAUCCUUCUUAGAUUUGCCACCAUUAGGUAAAGUGUGGAUUAUUACCUCCCACUGGGAUUUUGCAUCACAUUCCCUUCAAAAGAUGUGGGAUAUGCAAACCUUCCAUGGUUCCAUAUCCUUCUCUGUUCACUCUAAUCAGCCAUUAGGAUUCCAAACAUUUACACACUUGGUUAAACCCAGAUGGGACAAAGAAGAUGGUUUCAUCCAGGACUUCUGGGAGCAGGCAUUCAACUGUUUUCUAAAAAUAUCUAAUGGGAGGGGACAGGGCAAGGAGACCUGCUCAGGGGAUGAGAAGCUGGAGAACCUUCCUGGAACAUUCUUUGAGAUGGAAAUGACUGGCCACAGCUAUAAUGUGUACAAUUCUGCCUAUGCUAUUGCACAUGCUUUGCAUGCCAUCUAUGACAGCAGCUCCAAACACAAAAGAAUGGUGAAGAGAGAGGGUCUGGCACAUCAGAAUGUGCAAUCAUGGCAGCUCCAUCAAUUUCUAAGCAGCAUCUCAUUCAAUAAUAAUGCUGGAGACACCUUGCAUUUUAACGAAAAUGGAGAGCUGGUUACACAGUUUGAUGUUACCAACUGGCUGAUGUUCCCCAAUGGCUCCAUGGCUAGAUUGACAGUUGGAAGCCUGGACCCCCAGGCUCCUGCAGGCCAAGAGUUAAACAUUGAUGGUGACCAAAUCACAUGGCACACAAGCUUUAAUCAGGUGGUGCCCACUUCCAUGUGCAACAACCACUGCUACCCAGGUCACAGCAGGAAAAAGAAGGAGCGAGAGCAAUUUUGCUGCUAUGACUGUGCUCCAUGUCCAGAAGGCAUGAUCUCUCACAUGAAGGAUAUGGAUGCUUGCAUCAAAUGCCUGGAUGAUCAAUAUCCCAACAAGAAACAAACACAAUGUGUUCCCAAGGAUCUAAGUUACCUCUCUUACACUGAAUAUUUAGGCAUCAUCUUGACCAGCUUGGCUAUUUCGUUCUCUUUCAUCACAACUUUGGUGCUUGGCACUUUCCUCAGGGACAAGGACACCCCCAUAGUCAAAGCCAACAACCGAAGCAUCACCUACGUCCUCCUCACCUCCCUGCUUCUCUGCUUCCUCUCCACAUUGCUCUUCAUCGGGCAGCCUGGAAAGGUGACCUGCCUCCUGAGACAAACAGUUUUCAGCACUGUCUUCUGUGUGGCCCUUUCCAGCAUCUUGGCCAAAACCAUCACUGUGCUUCUGGCAUUCGUGGCCACCAAGCCAGACUCCAGGAUGAGGAAAAGGAUGGGGAAAGGACUAGCCAAUUCAAUUGCCCUUUCUGGCUCCUUGAUUCAAGCAGCCAUUUGUACACUUUGGCUGAGUAUGACUCCUCCAUUUCCAGAUGUGGAUGUGCAUUCCCUGGAUGACAAAAUCAUUCUGGAAUGCAAUGAGGGCUCUGCUCCCAUGUUUUAUUGUGUCUUGGGCUACUUAGGAUUCUUGGCUGCAGUCAGCUUAACUGUGGCUUUUCUCGCCAGGAAGUUGCCUGAUGCUUUCAAUGAGGCCAAGUUCAUCACUUUCAGCAUGCUGGUCUUCUGCAGUGUGUGGUUGUCCUUUGUUCCAGCCUACCUGAGCACCAAAGGGAAAUAUGUGGUGGCUGUGGAAAUCUUUGCCAUCUUAUCAUCCGGUGCUGGGUUGCUGGGCUGCAUCUUUGGCCCCAAAUGUUACAUUAUUGUACUCAGACCUGAUCUGAACAACAAGGAACACCUAAUAAGAAAGAAAAACUGA